AUCUCAGAGCUGCCAACACUAAAGAAUGGGCAGUCAACCAAACCGAACCAAAAUGUCAAUCUAUUUUCAGUCAAAGUGCUAACAGAGGAAGUUCCUCUCUAUUUCUUCUGUAGAAUUAUCUGAUCCAGGAAUCAAAAGGGGAUAAAGAAGUCAAUAGUUUUGUUCCACCAUGAGUUUGACCACUCGUCACAGAGCACUGCUCUGAACCACUCUUGUGUGAGCUCUGGGUCUUAAGGUGCGGUGAGGAAGUGUGACGCGAGGCAUGCAGCUAGCAGGAAGCAAGAAAGCUUUUCGGGGAACUCGGCACCAUUGAAACUAUGAAAAAGGCUGAAACGUUUUAAGAAGAAAUCUGAAAGGUGACGACACACAGCACUGACCAGAGAAGAUGCCUCCUCCUCCACCGCCCGCACCCCCUCCUCCCCCAACAUUUUCUGUGGCGAACACAGAAAAGCCUAAGUUAAACAAGUCUGAGGAAGUGGGAAGAGGUGCUCUUCUGGCAGACAUAGGCAAGGGAAAACUUCUGAAGAAAACCGUCACACAUGAUCGAAGUUCGCCAAUCUUAGAUGGACCGAAAGGAGGUGGAGGUGGCCGAGGAGGUGGUGGAGGUGGCCGAGGAGGAGGUGGAGGAGGUGGUGGUGGUGGUCCUUCAAGUUUAGGUGGAUUAUUUGCAGGAGGAAUGCCAAAGCUCAAGUCUGCAGGAAGCAGAGAGAGCUCAGGAGGAGGGAGAGCACCAAUUCUGCCUCCUGGUACGGGUUUCCCUACCCCCAGGCCCUUUGCAGGAAGCAAUGCUCCUCCACCUAGAGUUCCUGGGUCUUUCCCAAGAAGCAAUGAUAAUGAGCCACCAAAACAUAGAUUCCCUCCAUCAGGUCAACCAAAGUUUUCAAGGUCUGAUCUGGGGCCACCUCCGGUACCAAACACACCAAGGCCAUCAAAUUUUCAGUCCAGAGGUCCUCCACCUGUUCCAGGUGGAAACAGACCAACAUUACCUCCCACCCCCAGCAGGAUAGCUGAUGAUAGGCCUUCUCCAUCAAACCCUCCAUUUCCCAGUACAAACAGACCUCCGCUGCCUCCUGCUCCUAAUAGGAUGACAGAUGAUAGGCCCCUACCCCCACCUAUAGUAAACAGACCCUCACUCAGCAGGGAGGGCCCUCCACUUCCACCGCCACAAAAUCAUAAACCUCCUGUCCCUCAAACACCAAGGCCAGGUCCUUCAUUCCAGGGCCCUCCUCUACCACCACCAAACCGACCAGGACUGGCUCCGACUGCAGAUCACGACACACCAAGGCUUCCACAGCGGAAUUUGUCUCUCCACGUGCCUUCUCCAUCCUCGUCACCUGGACCAGUCCGGGCUGGCCCUCUCCCUCCACCUCCUUUUAAUGAGAGGCCGCCACCUCCUAUGAGAGAUCCUCCCAGCAUAUCAGGAUUUAAACCUCCACCGCCUCCUUCGAGCAGAAGCAGCCAGAAAGCACCAUCUGUCCCACAGCCACCAAAUAGGGGUGGUUUCCGACCCCCACUGCCCCCAGACCGAGGUGGGUCAGGGCCUCCCCCUCCCCCACCACCAAUGAGAAAUGGGUUUCAGGAAUCCUCACAGUCCAUGUGUGAAGAUGAAUGGGAAUGCAGGUUUUCUUUCCACUCCAUCUCUGAAUUCCCACCACCAGAACCUUAUUUAAACACCCAAAAGACGUAUCCUAGUAAACAAGGCAAGGUGGAAAGCAGAGAUUCGGGUAAGAGAGAACGAGGGGCUCCACCCCUUCCGCCUAUACCCAGGUGAAACGGACCUUGUUCUUCAGGACUCAACCUCAGAAGGCCAUCCACUUCACAUGCUUUACCUGCACACAGUUGUUACAGUGAUGAUAAGUUUAUUUCUAUCAGUCCCAGCUCGUAUCAGCUGUUGAAACGGUGUCUGUUGAGAAUUGUUUUGCAUUUUGUGAUGUUUAAAUAACAUCUGGAUUUUUUUUUAAAAAAGAAAGUUUGCCAUUUUUGACUGCUUUAUUGUAAAACAUGCUAAAUCUGUUUACAAAACCAACAUUGUGGAUGAAAAUAAAUAUAUCUAUUUUGCAAAAAAUGUCUUUAACCUAUUGUGUUCAAUGGUAUAUACAGUAGCAGUUGCAUUUCCAAUGUAUGAUUGAUGUCUUCUAAUAAAGUACUUCACAUUCAAUCAAUUCUUGAAGUUAUGUCCUCGAAUAUAAUUUAAAUUUUUUUUAAAAAUCACGUUUUUUUUUUUCCAAGCUACCUGGUGUGGAAUUGGGAAGCCAAAGAUUUGUAAGGUUAAAAAGAAAGCUUGUAUUCAUUGAAAGCAUUAGAAAACUAGUAUUAGUCACAAGAAUUAACUUUUGUACCUUGUCGAUUUUGUAUUUGUAUAGAUCACAUGCUUAAUAAUAGAAACGAUAUUACAGAGCUCCUAAAAUACUGUGUUUUGAAGGUGCCAUAUGUAUUGGGUUGAAUAUUGUGGUGCUAGUUUGAGUUUAAUUUAAACCAAAGAUUGAGUAAAUAAAUGUGCUUAUGACUGCUGCGUUUAAGGAAUGUACUGUGCCAAUAUACAUCAUUUAAAGGAUUAUCUGUUUUAAGGAUACAGAUUCUAUCUCUGAAUAAUUAAAACAUAUAUAAAUUCACAUGAGGUACUUUAUAAUUAUCAAUAAAAUGAAAGUGUUUUUUA